AUGCAUCUCACCCACUCCCUCGCCCUCGCCCUGCCCGCCCUCGCAGCCGCCCAGGACAUCCAAAAACCGCUCAUCGAACAAGCCGGAGACUGGUUCAACUCCCUGCGCGGCUACAUCCCCACCACCGUCCCCUCCGUCCCCGCCGCCGUCAAGUCCCCCGUCGCCGCCUCGGCGGCGAAGAUCGCGGCCGCAAAGGUCGUCCCCCUGACCAUGGCCAACUACGAAUCCGCGCUCACCCCGGACCCGACCUCGGCGCAAUCGCCGCAGGAGUGGAUGGUCUUCGUCACGGGCGGCAACAAGACCUGCGGCGGCUUCUGCGACCGGCUCGAGCGGGAGUGGAACGAGACGGCGGCCGUGCUCGCCGCGGACCCGACGGCGCCGACCCUCGCCUACGUCGACUGCGACAAGCAGGGCGUGCUCUGCUCGACGUGGAUGGCCAAGCCGCCCACGAUCUGGCACAUUCGGCGCCCCGUCGCGCGGGCGGACCAGUCGACGCCCGCCAGCACGAUCCACGUCAACUACUUCAACGUGACCCAGUCGACGGCGGGGGACAUGGUCGCGCUGCACACGGGGAAGAAGUACGAGGAGGGCGUUCUGUACGACGGCUGGUUCGAUCCGUUCGACGGGCAGUUGGCGAAGCUGGGCGUGAACAAGGCGAUUGGAUAUGCCCUUUUCGGCAUCGGCUUGGUUCCGAGCUGGGCGUUUAUGAUUGUGGUCAGUAUGUUGUCCAGGACGAUUAUUGCGAGGAGGAAUGGCCCCAAUCCGGCAGUCCAGCAACAGGAGGCACAGCGUAGGGCAGCUGGUCGUAACGCUCCACUGGGCGGUGCUCCUCCGGCGAACGAGUAA